AUGGGCUGCUUCAGAACCCUCUUCCCGUUCGGCAAAGGCGACGCCGCAAAGACUGCUUCUUCGGAGGCUGAGCAAUUCACCGACUCGCUGGCCCCCGGUCAGUCCGCCCAAGAGCCGCCUGCCGAUGCUCAGCAGGCCGUGGAAGAGGCCACCAUUGUCGAAACGACGACGGCCGUGGCGACGACCGAGCCAGCAACCGAGCCGGCGACCGAGCCAGUGAUCGAGCAAGGGAUUGAGCCGGUGAUUGAGACGGUGGCCGAGCCAGUUACUGGGCUGCUGCCUGCUGCCUCCUCUGCAUCCGAGACCGAGCCACUCCUCACCAAGUCGUCCGUUGUGCGGACGAUCACGGCCUAG